AGAUAGCAUCAGUCUUGAGAAAAGCGUGCAAACAGUUAGUCGGAAUAUAUUAAAAUAUUUUAUUUCAUACCAAAAUAAACCUUGGUUUUAUUUUUAUUUUCAAAUUGUGUAUGGAAAUUCGAUAACCUGCCUGCAAGUAACAAUAUGCAAAAAUCCACACCAAAUAUACAACCCACCGGUAGCAAUUCAUUACCGCCACCAACUGUGGCCAAUUUUAAUCCGAAACAAUUGAGUUGUCUGACCACAGGUGUUUUCAUUUUCCUUUCGGCUGGCAUGAGCCUGGCCCAAAGUGUUGGUUGGUCAGAUAUUGCAACCGAUCUGCAUUUCUAUUACAGCUGGUUUAUUGGAGUGGCCCUGGGAGCUUUGGUGUCCAUCUUACUUGGAUAUGUGCUGCCCAAGAAAUUUAUUAUGGCUGCCUCAUCGGUCCUUAUCCUAGCUGGUGGCAUAAUUUUCACUAGUGCCCCCCGCAAUGUUGAUGCCUUGGUGGCGGGACGUUAUCUCAACGGCAUGGCUGUGGGUUUGGCCACAACACCAUAUCUCAUACAUGCCAGUGAGUUAUCCCGCAAUCGUAUACGUGGUCUAUGUCUGGGUUUGGAACAAUUCGCCAUAAGUCUGGGUAUUGCCAUCCAGAUGAUUUCCACCUCCCAGUGGGAUGCAAUGUCGAGCUUUUCGGUUAACUGUCUACAUGGAAUAUUGGAUAUAAUUCUGGCUAUAUUGGCAGCGGGUUCUCUUGUGUAUUUCAUUGAAUCACCAGUGGAUUAUAUACGCUUGGGUAGUGACACCGCCGCCUUGGAAUGCAUAAGUCAAUUGCAAAAAACGCCCAGCAUAACCUUGGAAACUAAUCGGCGUUUGGAAGAACUACGACACUAUGUUCAAGAACAGGAAUAUCUGACACCAAGGGAAUUGCUGCUGCAUAGUCUGAUACCACUUUUCAAAAUGAUAUUCUUUCGCAGUAUGCUGCUGGCCUUCGCCUACUCGGCCAUUUUGACCAAACUCCUAACCUAUUCCAAUGUGAUAAUUGGAAUUUCCUGGACUCCCAUUUUGGCUGGAUGUUUGCGAAUAAUUGGCAGUGGCAUGGCAUUGGUGAUUAUGGACAAUUUGGGCCGCAAAAUACCAUCCUGUGUUUGGACCUUAACUAUGGGAGGCCUCAUGAUUCCCAUGGCCGUCAUUGUGAAUCAUUCAAUGAAUUUGUUAAAUACUCAUAAAAUCUCAACCGUCGUGUCGCUUUGGAUGUGCCUGCAAUUUUUCGCCGGCCUCUAUUCGCCCAUCUCCUCUGUCUAUAUGGGUGAAGCUUUUCCGCUACGCACCAAAUCAUUUUGCAUGGCUGUCUGUGUUAUUGUAGAACAAAUUGUACAAAUUGUUAUUGUAAGCCAGGUCUCAAUAGGCAACGACGGCAGUCUAAUGGCAAUGGGUAUAAUGAUUCUGCUCACAGCUGUGGGUUUCUUUGUGACGAUGCCCGAAACAAAGAGAACUCCUUUGGCCGAAGCUCAACGACGAUUUUCGAAUUUAUUUAAUUUUAAAUUGUUUUAGAAAAAUUAUGAAUUGUUAAUAAUUUGUUUUGUCCUCUAAGACUUGUGUAUAUUUAACGGUAUCUCGAAGUAAUAAAUCAAUAUAUUUAUCA